AUGAACAUAUUGCAUGAAAAGUAUAAGCGAUUAAAUACAUUAUACAAGCAAUAUGAAGCAUCUAUCGACGAUUUACAAGACGCACUUGUUGAACAAUUGCCACAACUUAAGGAAGAGUAUGACUUGGAAUUUGUCCAAGUUGAGCGUUUGAGGAAUUACAUGGAGGACAGAGGAACUCUUUUCCGGUUUUUCCGUCGUUCUUCCUAUGACCUCGAUCUCGCUCUUUCCUAUCUCCUCGAAAACAUUCGCUGGCGUAUUGCCAACAACAUAGACGCUCUUUCUCUCUCUGACAUUCAUCCGCAAUACUUGGAAUCUGGACUUUUCUACUUCUCUUGCACGGAUAUCUGGAAUCGUCCGUGUGCUAUCUUCAAUCUUCGAAUGUACAACCGUGAUCCAGAGUCUCCAACUAUAGAAGAUAUGAAAAAAUACAUCAUAUUCAAUUGCGAGGUUGCGAGAAGACACAUGUGGGAUUUAUGUAAAGAAGCAUUGAGAGAGGGGAAAGAGCCUAUAUUGCAAUACGGUGUACUUGUCGAUCUAAACGAGGCCACCUUUUCGAAUUUGGACUUUGAACUUGGUCCAUUCAUGAUGGACUUGGCAAAAAAUCAAUACCCUAGUUCAAUUUCUGCAAUUUUUGUUUUAAAUUAUGGUUGGACGUAUGCGACCAUGUGGCGAUUGGUAAAACGUCUACUUCCCGAAGAGUCCAUUAGUCGUAUCUUUUUCCCUACGCAAGAGGAACUGCUCGAGUAUUUUGAUGAAGAUAAAAUUUUUGUUGAACACGGCGGCAAAGACACAACUAGAUAUUCUUUGUCGACUAACGCCGUCUUUAACAAGCACGCCAAUCCACCACCAAUCCUUUCCUUCCCAGUCCCACAUCUUCGUUCCAUAUCUCGUGUCUCAUCAUUUGAUUCUCUUCACGAAGUUUUCUUCUCCGCGCGUGCGACUCCGAUACCAUCCCGCUCGGUUACACCAUACUGCAGUCGACCGGGAAGUCCGUUUCAUAAUCAGCCGAGUACACCAUAUGCCAGUCGUCCGGCAUCGCCGGGUGUUGAGCACGUUGGAAUUCCGUCAUGGUUGAAAAUGACGCCUUCAGACGCUGGAAGAGGAGGACAUGCAUUACAUGCAGGAUUGCAUAUGCCACAACCGCAGAGAAGUGAUAUGGGAUUGAAGAACUUUACUGGGAAACAUAAUGGACUUGCUGCAUAUGGGAAUGGUAGUCAACAACUACAAUCUGAAACAUUUGGACACAAUUCACACUCAAGCAAUUUUACUCACCUAUCAACAUCGACACCGUUAAACCUUCACACAUCACCAUCCUAUACCUAUCUUCAAGAACUAUAUUCAUCACCUUCCCCCAUACCAUCCUCUAAUACUGUCACCACGUCUUCAGACACGUCACCGCUUAUAUCCAUCUCUUCGAAAUACCCUGAAACCUUUUCAUCCAAACAUAGUCUCUACCGGUUACUUCGCAUACAGCGUAGGGUAAAACAGCACAUAUCUAAUAUGAUUCGGAGAUUCAUAGCGAGGAGAGUAAGCGGUGUUUUCUGGCUAGUCAUGGUAGUCGCUCUAAGAGGAGGAUUGAUGAAUGAGUUUUGGAAGUUGUUAACGCAGCAAGUUACCAUGCAAUUGGGGUGGAACACAAAUACGACGACAGCAUUAACAACAGCCGCAUUAAGUGUUGCGUUGAGUGGGAGAGAUACGACAGGGAGCAGGAUCAGGAUUUGA